AUGUACUUGAUGUUGAAACAUCUGACGGCAGAGCAACUCGGUAGCUACACGUGCGAAGCAGGAAAUGGUUAUCACGUACACUGCAGAAGAAAAUCAGUUGAAAUUCGUCCGAAGGAAACCCAAACCAUUCAAAUUAUUGAAGAUCCAAAGAACCAAAGUGCUCUUAUCGGUUCCAUUGUAACUUUCAACUGCACAGCCACUGGUAGUCUCAGGCCAACCAUCUCUUGGCAAAAGAACGAUGAUCCAUAUGCUUUACAAACCGACCCAAGGGUAGAGGAGAAGGUUAUUGUGUUAGACGACAAAACCGUUCGUAGUCAGCUCUUGUUGACAGGAACUGAACUGGAAGACAAUGGUAAAUAUCACUGCGUGGCUAAUAACAGCGCUGGAGAAAGGAUCUCAAGAGUGUCUCUCUUAGAUUAG